AUUUUCUCUUUUAUUUUCAUCUCUCUCGUUUACCCCAAAAGAAGAAAAAAAAAACCCUUGCCCCCAGGAACAAAAAAAAGUAGAAGUAUAUGGACACAAAAAUAGAAUGAAAUAAAAGGAAAAAAGGAAGAAAAAUAAAACGCUCAGUAUCUCCGGCUAGUUGAAACCGGACCUCAAGAUCAAAUUAGGGCACAAAGUCCUGUCGGAAACAGAAGCCAUGGGGAGGAAGAAACUUGAAAUCAAGCGAAUUGAGAACAAAAGUAGCCGACAAGUUACCUUCUCCAAAAGACGCAACGGUCUCAUCGAGAAAGCUCGUCAGCUUUCUGUUCUCUGUGACGCAUCCGUUGCUCUUCUUGUUGUCUCCGCCUCUGGAAAGCUCUACAGCUUCUCCUCCGGUGAUAACCUGGUCAAGAUCCUUGAUCGAUAUGGAAAGCAACAUGAUGAUGAUCUUAAAGCCUUGAAUCGUCAGUCAAAACCUCUGGACUGUGGUUCACACCAUGAACUACUGGAACUUGUGGAAAGCAAGCUUGAGGAAUCAAAUGUCGAUAAUGUAAGUGUCGGUUCCCUCGUUCAGCUUGAGGAACACCUUGAGAACGCCCUCUCCGUAACAAGAGCUAGGAAGACAGAACUAAUGUUGAAGCUUGUCGAGAACCUUAAAGAAAAGGAGAAGUUGCUGGAAGAGGAGAACCAUGUUUUGGCUAGCCAGAUGGAGAAGAAUAAACUUGUGAGAGCUGAAGCUGAUGAUAUGGAGGUGUCACCUGGACAAAUCUCCGACAUCAAUCUUCCGGUAACGCUCCCACUACUUAAUUAGUCACACCUUUAAUCGGCGAAUAAAUAAAAUCCAAAACUUAUGAUUAAGAAAAACAAGAUGUGUAAUUAUCCCCCUUGUAAAGGGUGUACGUUGUAUAAUCUUAAUACUCUCUCCGGCCGAGAGGCUUCGGGUGUAAAACUAUUUCAGAUUUAUGUAAAAUAGAAAACCUAAGACAGCGUGUACCUUUGUUGAGAGAGAAUUACUUUGAGCGUGCUUGUAUAUCCCUCUGCUCUGUCAAAAUCUGUGUUUAUACUUUGGACCAAAACAACUGUUUUUGCUUCACGGUGAAGAAGCCUACCGCUUACUUUGC